AGGAGCAACACAAUGUCUGCCACAACAGCUGAGCGUGUUGGGAGUUUGCCUAGCGGGGUUGGGAUCUGCAGGACAGCACCAGAUAUUUUAUACAUUCCUGAACUUAUCUGCGGGGGGCUGGUGUGGAUUCUGGUUGCUUCCACGCUGGUGAUCCCGGCCAACCCGCAGGGAUGGGUGAUGUUUGUGUCUAUUUUCUGCUUUAUAGUGACCUUCCUGUGGCUGGUGGUCUUCGCCUGCGAGGGGCACAAAAACAGCCAGGGUUGGGCAGCUGCGGACUGUGUGUAUCAUGCAGUGGCAGUAAUUCUAUAUCUCAGUGCCUCUGUGUCCCUCGCCAAAACAACCAUCGAUUUUCAGACUUCUGAUCCCACCUCCAAGACCUACAAAAUCGACAUCGCUGCAGUUGUGUUUUCAUUUCUGGCCACUCUACUCUACUUCAUACAUUUAAUUUUGUCUGCGAUCAGGUGGAAGACUUUCUAAAGAUCAUAUGAAGAGAACUUUGCUGCAUGACAGAUCUGUGAGAGUUUUUGUCCUUUAGGAAAGCGAAAUUGUUUUCCGAAAUAGCUUACCCAACAAUAAAAAAAAAUUAUGAGAGAGUGUAAGGGGGAAGGUAAUAUGUUCUGAAAAAUGCCUUUCUACAAAGCACACAGACAAUAUGUAAAUAUGAAGUGUGUAUCUAUAUAGUGUAAUCUAUAUUGAGAUUGCAGACAAACCAAGAAGGAAAGUCUGCAUAAUACUGACAAUUAUUUGUAAACUUUGUAACAUUUCAUGACUCAUGAGAGUUUAGCCCUCUCCUUGUAUCUGAUCAUAUUCCCAUUUGUCCACAACCUUUAAAAAUAUUCCGAAAAGAAAUGAUGGCAAGUAUUUUAGUAUAUUUAUUAUACAGCAAGUGCUAUGAUGUACAUGCAAGGCCAGGCAGGGUAGUCUAUCUUACCAUAGAUGUUUAACUGUGCUUUAUACCAUAGAUAUGUGAUGUCUUUGGUGUGCUGGAGGAAUAAACUGCAUUUUAGCCCGGGCUUGGUGCCCUUCA